AAUAGAAACACUGCGGGGAAUCAGUACAGCUCAUAUACCACCUAUUUCCGUUUUAUCAUUCAGCCCUUUACUGGAAAACACUCCUGUAGUUAUCUUACAGACACGCUCGACUCUUCUCGCUUUAACCAGCUUUAAACGGAACGUAACGAUGGCAGCAUCUUCUGUUUGCUUCUCUGACGGCCUGUACUAGUACACAACGUCGUCUGAUCAGCACAGCCGAACUCGUUUAGGGUGAAGAUGCCAGUGGACAGGCAGCGAAUGAGGCCAUGGCUGGAGGAGCAGAUCAACAGUGCAAAAAUUCAGGGCCUACAAUGGGUUAAUAAGGAGGAAAAGAUAUUCCAGAUUCCAUGGAUGCAUGCAGCCAGACACGGCUGGGAUCUGGAUAAAGAUGCUCCACUUUUUAUGAACUGGGCAGUUCACACAGGAAAAUAUCAUCCUGGAGUAGACAAACCUGACCCCAAGACAUGGAAGGCAAACUUUCGCUGUGCCAUGAACUCUUUGCCAGACAUAGAAGAAGUAAAAGAUAAGAGCAUGAAAAGAGGAAGCAAUGCCUUCAGAGUGUACCGCAUGCUUUCUUCUGCAGAAAAAGCUGCUAAGAAAGUGAAGAAGAAGAUGGAACGGGAGCCAAAAAUGAGAAGACGGAAAAGUAAGAAUGCUGAGCCAGAGUCUGAUCCAGCGCAGUUGAAGGAAGACACGCUACCAGACAGCACAGUUUUACUGACUGCAGAAACUGAUCAACCCCGUAAUUCCAGUACACUUAAUAAGCUGGUGGGCAGUGAUCCCCCAGACGUGUGUGCUGUUGUUGAGAUCACUACAGAGAAUGAGGAGUCUGCGGUCAGCUCCACUCAGUUCUCGUUUCCCCUACAGGUCUCUCCCACCUCCGCAUGUAAUGCAGAAAGUGGUGAUGAGAGCACACACAGUGAAGAAGAUUGUAUGGAGAUUGUCCCUGUUCAGGAUUUGUCCACAAGCUCCUCCUCUGCAAGGUCAUCUUUGUCCGUGUUGAGGAUUCCCUCCAGCCAACCAGACAGAACAGAGUCUUUUAUCAUAUCUGGAAAGACAAAUUUUUGGGUGACAAGCUGCAGAGAGGAGUCUCCGCUCAUUGCUUAUAAUGAGCCACCGUGGCGUCCUUUCCUCUCCUCUUUCCCUUUCAAGCCAGCACCAGCGAUAGAUUUAAGCAGCAGCAUGCCUUCGCGUGAUAGUGUGAUCAUGCAGGCUAUGGACCUGUCCUCCACAGCAGGAAAGAGACAAUAGAGGAAUUCCUUAGAGCCCUAAUGCUACCCAUCAGCAUGGAUGAUUUCCUUCCCAACCAUGCUCCCCAUUACCACCACCACCAGCCUGGAGGAGAAUUUAAAGGUGUUCUAUCCUGAGCUGAGCUCUUUUAAUGCUCAGUCCUGCUUGUAGAGAGUACACUUUCAAAUGAAUGUAACAAAGUACAGGUUUAAAGAAAUUGUUAUGCGAAAAAAUGAAAUACUUUCCCUCAAUACCCCAAAUGUAGUCGUUCAGCCAAGACAUGGUUGGUGUUUGAAAUUUAUUUCUUUAGUUUUGCAGUGGAGCUAUGAAGCUAAUCAAAUUGCUAAACAUAGCUUCAGUGCAAAGCAAAAAUUAUGUCAAACAUCUUGGCUAAUCAAGUACAUUAAGGGCAAGGGAGAAUAGAGCACAUUUUGAUUUUUUUGCAGAACUGUUGCUUUAAGGCCAUGCAGAGUUGAAUACUUGACAUUUUUUUGUUUGUUUUUUGUUUUUGUUUGUUUUUAACAAAGUUAGCAGCUGCAGAAAGCUGUUCCUAGCAACUGAAAUCAUGGUUCAGAAUAGCUGAUUUAUUUGGGAGAUUUUUUUUUUUUUAAUCAUAUAAAUAUUGGAAGCAUUUCAUCUGUUAACAUGAUACAGAAAUGGGCUAUUAUUGUGUUCGAUUACUUUUUUUUUUUUUUUUUUUUGUCUUUUUUGGUGGGGGUCAAAUUAAGCUGGAAUAUAUUUCUGCCUGAGCAGAAAAAAUACCUCAUUAUCAGAACAUUUUUUAGAAAUGUGUGAAGUUACCUCAGACACUGAUCCUUAUCAUUGCACUUCACAUUUGCAUUAAUUACCAGUACAGGACAGAAACAUCCACCCACUGCUUAACUGCCUAAGUUCUUUAUCUGUAAUGCACAUUUCUUUCACAGUGAACUGACUUGUGCAUUGGUGGUGGAUAACACUACCGCUUACGGUGCAGUUUAUGGUAUCGCAGCAAAACAGUCACUCAUAAAUGUUCAACAUUAAAUUGAGCGUGGGGAAGGAAAAACAUCCUAAAUCUUUCCAGCUUUGGUUUUGUUUUGCUUGAUGGAUUCACUCUGGCUUUAGCUAAAUGGGAAGCUGUGUUUCUAGGCCUAAUUAAAGGGCCCCUUUAAUUACAUUAAUUUUAAAAUGUUAAUAUCAAUACACCUUAAAAAUAUACUUUUCUUUUCUCAGUCCAUAGUCUGUACAUGGAAACUAAGGGGCAAACCAGCCUGUUUUGAGUUUAAUAAUGUCAUGAAAAUCGAUUUAUUUACAUAUCUCCCUAAUCAGCCUAUUUUAACCCCACCCACUCACAUUGAAGUUAUAUGGGGCGUUUCAGCCUGGGCUGGUUUUAUAAAAUAAUCCAAUCUUAACAGAGCUCAAUCAUGUAUAGUCAUAUGCAUAGUUUGGAUGGUCCUGGUGAAAUUGCAUGAUUUUAUUGGUUUUUGAAGUGAAAAUAUGUACACAUCCUUUACACAGAAAUGCAUAAUUACUGUUAAUUUGAUAAAUACAUUAGGAAAAAACAUAAAAUGCGGCCUGUGCAAUAGAUAUUGCGCAUUUUGUAUUGUUUAUUUUUUUUUCCCCCAGUAUGUUAGACUUAGAAAAUAUAUAAGAAUUAUGCACUAAAACAUACAACCUCAAUUCCAAUGAAAUUGGGACAAAGUAUAAAACAAAU